UUCUCGUACGUCCGACAACAAUACGCGAGAUCGGCCAUAUUGAAUUGUCAGUUUGCACUGAAGGACAAUGGUUCGAUCAAGUUCAGCCAGUUCAAGGAGUCCCACUCCAGACAAAUACAGACGUCGUGAUGCUUCCCCACGUUACAGACGUCACUCCUCCAGUGACAGAGAGGACUCACGUCACAGACAAAAAGAUGCCAUGAAAAGACAUAGGAAAAAGAAUGGUGCCCACAUGCAAAGGGACAGAUCACAAUCACCUGUUUCAAGGAGAAGUAGGUCUAGGUCACCAUAUUCAAAGAGAAAUAGGUCCAGGUCACCAUAUUCAAAGAGGAGUAGGUCAAGGUCACCUUACUCACGAAGAAAGAGGUCGAGGUCUAAAUCACCUCAUUAUAAAAGGGAGCCUCGUGGUUCACCUCAAUAUAACGAUUACAGAAUGUCAAGAUCAAGCAAGAAUGAUACACACUGGUCACCAGGUUUGCGGAAAUCACGAUCUAGAUCACCUAUUUCACGUAGGGAGAGGUCAAGGUCACCUGAGAGAAGUAACCCUUUUGAAAGAGGGCAAGACAGGGAAAUGAGGCAGAAUGGUUUUGGGGGCUUCCAUCACCAGAGCCGUGAUCAACAUAGCAUGCAUAAAGGGCCAUCUGACUUCAUGGAAAGACGGAGACAGGAGAGGGAACGUCUGGGAGAAGCUGGUGUACCAGAAAUAUGGAGUAGUUCCCCUACACAUGUUGAAAACUCUGACAGUGACGAAGCAGGACGGAGGAACAAUAAAGCAUCCUCGGACUCAGAUUCAGAUUCUGACAGCAGCUCAGAAGAAGAUAGAAGAAAGAAGAAGAAGAAAAAAGAAGAAGUCCAGCAAGAGUAAGAAGCACAAGAAACACAGCAAGAAAAGUAAGAAAGUGAAAAAAAGUAAAAAGAGUAAAGCGAAGAAGAUUGCGAAGGUGAAGAGUGAGGGAGAAACUUCGGAGGAGAGUGGAGAAGAUGACGAGGAUGUGGAAGCAGUAUGGACAGAGAGGAAACUGUCGGAUGAAGAAGGUGAAGACGUGCUGGGUCCUCAACCGUUUGUGGCUGGUGCUGGUGCUAAUGAAAAACUGAACUAUGGCCGAGCUCUGCUGCCGGGAGAAGGUGCUGCCAUGGCUGCCUACAUCGCUGAAGGGAAACGUAUUCCAAGGAGAGGCGAGAUCGGAUUGACCAGCAACGAGAUUGAGGGCUAUGAGAAGUCUGGCUACGUCAUGAGUGGCAGCAGACAUCGGAGAAUGGAGGCUGUCCGAUUGCGUAAAGAAAACCAGAUAUAUAGUGCUGACGAGAAGCGAGCUUUAGCAAACUUCAACCAUGAAGAGCGUGCUAAACGAGAAGUGAAGAUUCUGUCCCAGUUCAGAGAGAUGGUCCACAAGAAGAUUGCUGAGAAACAGUAGUGUCCAGUCUAGUGGUUGGCUGUUCAUUCAUUAAAUUCUGAGGUUAAAGGUCCAUGAUCCCAGCACUGUGACAAGGUCUCCUGAGAUAAUGAACACUUGUAAAGAACGUAAUCUGAGAUUGGGAAAAAAAUAUGCAGUGAAACCCUGUGAAUCAGAAAAAAAGCAAGUUUUGAUGAUGUUAUGGCAUCAAUGUGUACCAUAUAUUUUAACAGAGAAACUGUUGAUUCAG